AUGAGGGAGAUCAUAAGCAUCCACAUCGGCCAGGCCGGAAUCCAGGUCGGGAAUGCCUGCUGGGAGCUCUACUGUCUCGAGCAUGGCAUUCAGCCCGACGGGAUGAUGCCCAGGUUUGCAUCUUCUUCCUCGCCUCUGCCUUCCUCCGUGAAGGACGCUCCGAAUGGCAUUUUGUUUUUGCUUGGCUCUUUGUUUGUGUCGAGGUUGUUGCUGGUCCGUCGCCCGUUGCUGUUGCUGGUUUGAGAUCUUGUUCGUUCGUCACUUUUGUUUUUGGUUUAGGUUUUAUAUUUUUUUCCUUCGUCUAGGUGGGAGCCUGGGUGCAGCGGUAAUCGGUAUGUAGGGGCGCGAUGGGACAAGGAGAAAGGAUAUCUGUUUGUUCUGAUGAAAAUGUUUUGUUUGGCUUGUGCUUUCCUUUUGUACCGGCAUUUGAAAAAUAGUGGUCGCAUCCUGAAAAAUAUUUGCGGUUGUUUCCGGAGAUUAAAUAAGUUAAGCGUCGUUAGGCUGUAUGCCGUUGAUCUCGGCUCUAGCUUCUCGUAUGAAGAAUCGAUUUGGACAUAUGUUGCCUGCGGUGGCUACUAGUCCUUAACGUUCUACAUUGUAGAAACACGUGAGGUUAUUUGAGGUUCCUCGAAAGAGCAUCAGGAUCUCGAAUUUGUUCUAGUGAGUUGUUCGAAAUCUUUCGUGCUUUUUGGCUACAGAUAACGGCUUAAUGUCUUGUCGGGUUUUCGUUUUGACGGAAAUCUAAGCUGUCCUGUGAGGGCCUGUGCCUGUGAAAGGCGUCUAUACUCCAUUCCAGCAAAGUAAACUAAAUGGCUUGAAGUUAACCUUAAGGUUUUCAAAUUAGUGAGGACUCUGUCUCACUCCACCCCAUUCUUGAUGUUUUUCUUUGCACGUAUGUGGGUAACAUGGAUUGCAAAAAUGUGUGAAACAAUGUGUGUAUUCUGUUAAUGUUAUCCGUUUCGUUUUUUGUUUCUUGAUUAUGAGCUAACAUUUCGAUUGUUUUGCAUCUCUUGCAGUGAUACGUCAGUUGGUGUCGCACAUGAUGCUUUCAAUACAUUCUUUAGUGAGACUGGUGCAGGAAAGCAUGUGCCACGAGCAAUAUUUGUGGACCUGGAGCCCACUGUUAUCGAUGAGGUUAGAACUGGGACUUACCGUCAGCUUUUUCAUCCAGAGCAGCUAAUCUCGGGCAAGGAGGAUGCAGCUAAUAAUUUUGCACGGGGCCACUAUACUGGUAAUUUUUUUCUUCAUACGGAUUGGUCCAGUAUACCUUAACUUUAUAUCGGGGAAUUUCAUUCUGAGAUGCUUAUUGAGUGCAUUCUGGACUUUAAAAUAUAUUGUUCAAUCUACUGCAGUGGGAAAGGAAAUUGUAGAUAUAUGCCUCGACCGUGUCCGAAAGUUAGCAGACAAUUGCACUGGUUUGCAAGGUUUUCUGGUGUUCAACGCUGUUGGUGGUGGCACUGGAUCUGGUUUAGGUUCCCUGCUUUUGGAGCGACUGUCUGUCGACUAUGGAAAGAAGUCAAAGCUUGGUUUCACCAUCUAUCCUUCCCCUCAGGUGUGCCUACAUUCCCAAAGCUUCCCCCAUCAGUAGCAGAUUAUGGGGGUGACUUAUAUAGUUAUAUUCCGAUAGAGAUUAUUGAUUUUGAUUGGAAUCCCAUGAUUUUUCCUGCUUUUUAACCAAUACUUUACAUUAAUCUUAUACUGAUCAGUUAUUACGACGUUGAUCUGUUUGAUAGGUUUCCACCGCUGUUGUCGAGCCAUACAACAGUGUUCUUUCCACUCACUCACUGCUGGAACACACUGACGUCGCUGUUCUCCUGGACAAUGAAGCUAUUUACGACAUUUGUCGCAAGUCUCUGGAUAUCGAGAGGCCCACAUACACCAACUUGAACCGUCUAAUCUCCCAGGUCAUAUCUUCAUUGACCACCUCCCUGAGGUUCGAUGGGGCCAUCAAUGUUGAUGUCACAGAGUUCCAGACAAACCUAGUGCCCUACCCCCGGAUCCACUUCAUGCUAUCAUCCUACGCGCCCGUGAUCUCCUCAGAGAAGGCAUACCACGAGCAGUUGUCUGUGCCCGAGAUCACAAACACAGUCUUUGAGCCCACCAGCAUGAUGGCCAAAUGUGACCCCAGGCAUGGAAAGUACAUGGCCUGCUGCUUGAUGUACCGCGGUGAUGUGGUGCCCAAGGACGUGAAUGCCGCCGUCGCAACGAUCAAAACCAAGAGAACUGUGCAGUUUGUUGACUGGUAAGAUCCCAUGCCGCCUGAUUUCGGCUGCCCUUCUACUUUUCUUUUCUAUGAGCUUUGAAUGUGGUGGUGGUGUGGUGGGUGGCAGGUGCCCGACGGGGUUCAAGUGCGGGAUCAACUACCAGCCGCCGACGGUGGUGCCCGGCGGCGACCUGGCGAGGGUGCAGCGGGCGGUGUGCAUGAUCAGCAACAACACGGCGGUGGCGGAGGUGUUCUCCCGGAUCGACCACAAGUUCGAUCUCAUGUACGCGAAGCGGGCCUUCGUUCACUGGUACGUUGGGGAAGGGAUGGAAGAGGGCGAGUUCUCAGAGGCCAGGGAGGACCUCGCCGCCCUCGAGAAGGACUACGAGGAGGUCGGCGCCGAGGGGGCCGACGAGGAAGACGACGAGGAGUACUGA